CAGUAGAGUGCCGGCAAGCGAAGGUGACGCGAUGGAGGAGGAGCUACGCUGCUCUACGUGCAAACAGUUCUUCAACAACCCCGUGCUACUGCCAUGCUACCACUCGGUAUGCCUCCUGUGCGCAGUGAAUUUGCAACAACCCGCCACCAACACCAGCGGCGGCGACAAAAACACAGAAAACGCCGAGAGUGUCGCGUCGGGGUCGUCCGGGGACUACCAAGAGAGCGACAAGCUAUCCAUACUCAGCGAGACGGACAGCGGGGUGGUUUGCACCUCGCGGCCCAACAGCUACGUGGGCUCUCCCAAGGAGCUGUUCGCCACCGCUUUCAGCCUGUCCUGCCCCGUGUGCCAGAAGUCGGUGUACUUCGACGAGAAUGGCGCCCACAACCUCCCCAAGUACCGCGUAAUGCAGAACAUCGUCGACCGCUACGGGGAGCUGCGGAAUCUGACCUUGAAAUGUCAGAUGUGCGAGAACGAGCCCGCCAACGAAGCCACGGUUAUGUGCGAGCAGUGCGAGGUUUUGUACUGCGAUUCUUGCCGCGAGGCUUGCCACCCUUCGCGAGGCCCCCUGGCCAAGCACGUCCUCACGGAACCCAAGCGCGGCAGCUUGGGCCUACCGAAAACCAAAGAGGGAAAGUGCCUGGAACACGGCGAGGAAACCCUCAACAUGUUCUGUCUGGUUUGCAAGAUCGGUGCCAGAACGGUGGUCUUGCGUAAUGAAAAAAUAUUGGAAACAGAACACGUACGGUCUGGUAAAUUAUGGUUAACGCAACCCAGCAAUAAAAAUAUGGUCAAUACCCCUUUGAAACUGAAAAAGAACGAAAGAAAGAUAUAA